AUGUCAUCCCCAAUGAAAAGAAGACCCGCUCUAGUAGGCAAAAAUGUGAACAGCAUCAGUAGGAGAUCGAUACACAAAAAUGAUAGCACACAUUCCUCACCCACAAAGAAAAGCAAUAGAAACUCACAACUAAUAGACCUUGCGUUGAGGAAAAGUCCAGUCAGACAAGUGUCCUUGUCACCACAGAGACGAACUCGUCAAACUGAAGAAACUAGCAUACCGUUCAAAAUGUUUGAAGAAACAUCGGAGAUGAGAGCUAACAUCUUGGAGGAACAUCAACUUUUACUGACUCGUUCAGUGCAGUUUCAUGAUGAAAAUGAAUACGAAGACGUUAAGGAGAACGUGUCUCCCACUAAAAUAAAACUAAUGAAUAGAAAGGGAGGGCGAAUGAACAGUAAAACGAGUAUAAGGAAGCCAUUGCAAGAUCUAGAUAUCAUGGAGUAUAAAGGUUACAUUGAAAAUCCUCAGACAAACUCUAGGAUGCAAUUAACAUUGCAUACAAACGGGAAAGUUCAUUUACCAAGUUUUGUAACGCCUCCAAGAAAGCAUAAAUUAAAGGACUACUUUACCAGUAAUAAUGGGGACCACAAUACCAAUCUAGUAUCACUCCAUCCUUCCAAAACUACUGAUGAUAUUGAUCAGGACAAAGUGGUAAGGAAGUUAGAAUUUAAGAUCUGUGAAAAUUAG